UGUUUACAAACUUAUCAUGACCAGUUUUGAUUUAUCCGAGGAUUUAUCACGUGGAUAACAGGAGAAAAGAGAGAUCAAGAAAAAUAAGACUCUUUUGUUGUGAUAACCGAAUCACAGUAAAUUGGAAUUAGAUGUUGUGGAUUAAAACAGUGGAUUAAAAGAAAAAAAAAAUUGAAUGGGGGGUACGUGCUCGUGUCGUGGUCGUCAGAACCAGGUGAAUUCGGGUUCGAUAUUGGAUCGUGUCAUCAGUCAGGCCGGCAAUGAGGAUCAGUGUCUUCUUUAUCGACUCGCUAAUUACAAAAAAGGCGGUGAAUUAAUCGAGUCGUACAAUCAAGGCGGGCAACAGGAAGUGGAACGAGUGAUGAGGGAGCAAUUUGGUAUUCUGAUGUACGCCGAUGGUAAAGGUCAAACGAUCAAUCGCGCUGAAUAUCUAAGAUGGAAAUUCCGAGAUCAGGAUCAAGUGAUCUUGCCAAUUGAAGCAUCGUUAUCAAGAUUUGAUCCCCUCUCACAAUGGAGUGACCACGAGGCCUGCUGGCAAAUGCAAUACAGAGGGUCAUUGGGUGAGAGUCUGCUUCAUGUCUUGAUCAUCUGCGAUUCGAGAGUGCAUACUAGAAUAGCUCGUACUUUACUAAAGUGCUUCCCCCGUUUGGCUAUUGAUGUUGUCGAGGGAGAGGAAUAUCUUGGCGCCAGUGCACUUCAUCUUGCGAUUGCGUACAAUAAUAAUGAAUUGGUACAAGAUUUGGUGGAGGCUGGGGCAAUUGUAAAUCAGAGAGCAACGGGCAGCUUCUUCUUGCCCAGGGAUCAGCAGAGACAUCGACCUGCCAAGAACACCGAUUACGAGGGUCUGGCUUAUUUGGGGGAAUAUCCAUUGGCAUGGGCUGCAUGCUGUGCUAAUGAGAGUGCUUAUAAUCUCCUAUUGGAUUCGGGAGCCGAUCCUGAUGAACAGGACUCCUUUGGAAAUAUGAUAUUGCACAUGGUUGUCGUCUGUGAUAAGCUGGACAUGUUCGGUUACGCUUUACGACAUCCGAAGUUGCCUGCUCGCAAUGGGAUCGUGAAUAGUGCCGGGCUAACUCCGCUGACACUCGCAUGCCAGUUGGGACGUGCUGAAGUCUUUCGUGAGAUGCUGGAGCUGUCUUGUCGAGAGUUCUGGAGAUAUAGUAAUAUCACUUGCUCGGCAUAUCCGCUCAACGCACUCGACACGCUGCUGCCUGACGGAAGGACAAAUUGGAAUUCCGCCUUGUUCAUCAUUCUCAAUGGAACAAAGGAGGAACAUUUGGCUAUGCUUGAUGGUGGCAUCAUACAGAAAUUACUCGAGGAAAAGUGGAAGACUUUCGCUCGGUUGCAGUUUCUAAAACGUCUGAUUAUCCUUGUCUUUCACUUGGCGUCGUUGUCUCUGGCCGUGUAUUUACGACCGGCGGAAAUUGAUGCUCAGCUUCUCAAGUGGCCGGAGGAAAUAACGGACGUGGGACGUACCAUUGCCGAAUGUAUUACAGUUGUUGGCGUUUUGGGCUAUAUUCUGGUUCAGUUGGGUGGCGAAAUAGUCAACGUUGGACUUCCUUCUUUCCUCAAACAGCUAAGUAAUGAGCCGGCAAAAUUUAUUUUUCUUAUCAGCAACUUGUUGAUAUUGGCCUGCAUUCCUUGUCGUUUGUCCGAGAAUCGUCUUGCCGAAGAUGCUAUACUGAUAGUAGCAGUUCCAGGCUCUUGGUUUCUAUUGAUGUUCUUUGCAGGGGCGAUUCGACUGACUGGACCAUUUGUCACAAUGAUCUACAGUAUGAUCACGGGAGAUAUGCUAACAUUUGGAAUCAUAUACACGAUUGUAUUAUUUGGAUUUUCUCAGUCGUUUCACUUUCUUUAUAAAGGAUUUCCAGGGGUGAAGUCGACCCUCUAUUAUUCUUAUCCUUCAACUUGGAUGGCGCUGUUUCAGAUAACCCUCGGUGAUUAUAGUUAUUCGGACUUGAGCUAUACGACCUAUCCCAAUCUCAGUAAAACUGUUUUUGCCAUUUUUAUGGUCCUCGUGCCAAUUCUCUUGCUCAACAUGUUGAUUGCCAUGAUGGGAAAUACAUACGCUCACGUUAUCGAACAGAGUGAAAAGGAAUGGGUCAAGCAAUGGGCCAAAAUUGUCGUCUCACUGGAGCGAGCAGUCUCUCAAAAGGAUGCACAGAACUAUUUACAAGAGUACAGCAUCAAACUUGGUCCUGGAGACGAUCCUAAUAAUCCGGCAUCCGAACUAAGAGGAGUCAUGGUGAUUAAAAGUAAAUCCAAGACAAAAGCAAAGCAAAGAAAGGGCGCCGUCAGCAAUUGGAAGAGGGUUGGCAAAGUAACUAUAAACGAACUGAGGAAACGUGGGAUGACCGGAGAGGAAUUACGGUGCAUUAUGUGGGGACGUGCGUCCUUUUCUACUCCAGUCCGAGCAAGUUUAAAUAUUGAGAAUGGCGAGACGAUGCCGGGAGUUUUUGGAGAUGCAUUAACGGCGGCUUUAGAUGUAAUGGUUCUAUCUCACGAUAUUGAAUUGCCGCCGGGAACAAAUGAUGCGACAAAUAUAAUGAAUCAAAAUUUGAAGACGCCAAAUGCAAUGUCGCAAGUUACAUCAAAUGGCCAAGUAAGAGCCGUGACUAAUGGCCGGCAAAUCGAGUCAAUUGCUAUUCAACAAAGUACCAUGAAUAAUUCUUCCCUCACUCAAGUUCAAGCUCAAGAUAAAUCUGCAAAAUCUGUCAAACCUGUGGCGCCAACAGUCACAAAUGUUUCGAAAUCGCAACCGAAUUCAGUGAAUCGCUUUGGUGUGAUCAUUGAGGCAGAUAAGAGUUCAGGUAUAGAGGAGAAUCCCGACCCCUUGCUGGCUCUAGUAAUCACUUCAGAGGUUGAAGGCUCCAAUCCGAAAACUUUGCUGAAACUCGCGGAAUCCUCACGACUUUUGAGCGAAGCUUCACUAAAACCGGUGAAACCCACUAUCGAUCCAACUAUUUUGGAAGGAUUUUCCAUUACCAACCUAGCCAUUGCAGCGACGAUGAAAUCUACCCUCAUCAGGAAGCAAUACUUCAUCGAGUCGAGCGAUAAUGACGUUUGCGGCAAUGACUAUCUCUUGGGCACGGAAGCUCGUCUUCGUAGGAUCAAGUCUGCCAAUAGUAGAUAUGUAACGACAAAAAGGAAAUCCGGACAGGAUGACGGCAGUUCCUCUUCGUCGCCAUCCGUUGAGAACAAUUCCGGAUAUCAUCUACUUCUGAACGAGCCAGAAGACAUUUCCAGUCAACAGCCAAAAUCGUCACUCAAAGUCGUCGAUUCAAAAUCAACUGAAACCACCAGCAAAACUCAAAAUGGCAAAAAUCAUAAACGCAGACCAAAAACUGCUCGAAACAGAAUAUCACCAAAAGAAACAAGUCAGUCAGAAUCGAAGGUGAAAAUGAAGGAGGAAGAAUCUGUUCCGUCAUCUCCCACUGAUCCUUUAGAACCGUGGAGCACUCGAGGCAUCACAGAUAUGAAUACAAUUCUUGCUUGGAAGGAAACAACGCCGGAUAGUCCUUAGUAUUUAUUUUAACAAAAGGGACAAACUUUUCUUUAAAAAAAAUCUAUUGUAAAUAAAAAUGCUCUCUCGAAUGUUCAUCUUUAUAAUAUUUAUGAGAAUAAAUUAUU